GAAAUCCGGAAGUAGAUCAAGUCCGCUUCGCACAUGGCGAAAAUGGCUGCAAAUGGGGAAAAACAACAAGGCCACAGACCCGGCGUUUACAAACAGAAAAACAAAGGACACAAACAUGGCAGACAUAAGACGAAAGGUGAACUGGAAAGAGAGAACAAAGGCAGGGUAUCAGUGACAACCCUUACCAAAAAACAGAGGAAGGAGUUGAAGAAGAUGGACAGAAGACAUAAGGCUAACCAGCUUCGGAGAACUAAGAAAGACCAGGUUCUGACAGAAAAGCGGCGUCUUGGCAGCAGAGACGGUCCUCCUCAUCUGGUGGCCGUGGUGUCCCUGCAUGCUAAUGCCGAUGCUGGCGCAGUUACCAAACUGCUACGUGGAGAGGGCGCCGGGGGCGUGGUGCACCAAGAGCAAUGCGUCAGCGGUGUCAGUGAUAGUUUUGGACUGAUUCUGCCUCGCUUCAAACAGAGGUUCACAUUUCUAACCCAGAGCACCGCUGACAUGCACUCCCUGCUGGACGUUGCAAAGGUUGCAGACAGCCUUGUGUUUGUCCUGGACUCGACUGAAGGUUGGGACACUUACGGAGAUCAUUGUCUCUCCUGCCUCUUUGCCCAGGGCCUCCCCAGCCAUGCUGUGGUGUGUCAGGGUUGGUCUGACGUUUCUGUGAAGAAGAAGGUCGAUUUCAGAAAAGCUCUGACAAAGAUCGCUGAAGUCCGGUUCCCAGAUACCCGUCUCUUCCAGUUGGACUCGGAUCAAGAUGCCACUCUUCUCCUCAGACACCUAGGAGGUCAGAGGCAGAGAAAGCUGGGUUUCCGUUCCAGACGUUCUCAUCUUUUGGCUCAGCAGGUCAAGUUUACACCGAACAACCGGGGGGAGGGGAGUGGCGGUGGGCCGACCGAUCUGGGGACCCUCUGCGUAUCCGGGUACGUCCGAGGUCGAGCUCUCCAUGCUGACAGACUGGUGCACAUCAGCGGGCACGGAGACUUUCAGCUGAGUCAGAUCGAUAUUCCUCCAGACCCUCUGCCCCUCCACCUGACAAGACCAACAAAACCUGGAAAGGGAAGAGAUGCAGAGAUGGAGGACGGAGAUGAAAGUGAGGUCCCGGUGCGGGUGUUGAUGAAAGCGGACCCGUCCACCCGGGAGAGCCUGCAGACGGAGGCUGAGGUGGACCCCAUGGACGGAGAGCAGACGUGGCCGACGGAACAAGAGCUGCUGGAAGCUGAAGAGGCCAGAAAAAACAAGCGUGUGAUGAAAGUUCCUAAGGGAACAUCAGACUACCAGGCCACAUGGAUCAUUGAUGAAGAUGAGGAGGAGAACGGUGAGGCAGAUGAAGAAAGCAGCGACGAUGACGGCGAUGACAUAAUGGACGAAGCCAUGGAUGGAGACGAUGAGGAGAUUAACUCUCAGGAGCCUGGUUCCCAUGCUGCUUCAGAGGAGGAAGACGACGACGACGACGAAGAGGAGGAAGAGGAAGUGUGCCCCACAGAGAGAGCGGGAGCAGAUCAGCGAUAUGACGACAACAUGGAUGAAGCAGCAGAAGAAGAAGGCCUGAAACGCUACCGUGAGGCUCGAUCCCAUGAGAUGUUUCCUGACGAGGUGGACACGCCUCGAGAUGCUCCAGCUAGGAUCAGAUUUCAGCGUUACCGCGGCCUGAAAAGUUUCCGCUCCUCACCUUGGGAUCCCAUGGAGAACUUGCCUCUCGACUAUUCACGUAUAUUCCAGUUCCAGAGUUUUGAACGCACUCGCCGUAGAAUCCUGGCAGAGGCUGCAGCUGAUGAGGACGGAGCCAUGGACGGCUGGUAUGUCACGCUGCACAUCAUUGAUGUUCCUUUCUCUGUGAUGGAGAGCGUCCAGUCUGGCAAGCCCCUGGUGCUGGUGUCUCUGUUGCCGCACGAGCAGAAGAUGUCAGUGGUGCACCUCUUGGUGCAAAGACACCCCAGCAACACGGAGCCCAUCAAAACUAAGGAGGAACUCGUGUUUCACUGUGGAUUCCGAAGGUUUCGGGCCUCCCCUAUAUUUUCUCAGCACACUACAGCUGACAAGCAUAAGAUGGAGCGCUUCCUCAGGCCGGAUGCCCCCACUGUGGUCUCAGUGUAUGCCCCCAUCACCUUCCCCCCAGCAGGAGUGUUGCUGUUUAAACAAAGAAGCGACGGCGUCCAGGAUCUGGUGGCCACAGGGAGCGUGCUCAGCUGCGACCCUCGGCGCGUCGUCCUGAAAAGGAUCGUGCUGAGUGGACACCCGUUCAAAAUCAACAGGCGUUCGGCCGUCGUCCGGUACAUGUUCUUCAACAGAGAGGACAUCAUGUGGUUCAAACCCGUGGAGCUGCGGACCAAAUGGGGCAGAAGAGGCCACAUCAAGGAGGCUUUAGGAACACACGGUCACAUGAAGUGCGUUUUUGAUAAUCAGCUUCGCUCCCAAGACACCGUCCUAAUGAAUUUGUACAAGAGAGUAUAUCCUCGCUGGACCUAUGACCCGUACGUGCCCCCACAGCUACCUUGGUUCAAGAACGAGGUUACUGUGGAAAUGGAUGACUUGGACAUGGAGUAGAAGAAGGUUAAAAGAGCUUACAACAUACAGAGGAUUAUGGAAUGUUAAAAAAGUGAAAAAGCUAUUAAAUAAACUAAGCAUCUUGCAAAGUA